AUGUUAGUAUGGUUAAGAAAAUAAAAAAGAUAAGCAUUAGAAAUUUACGAAGAUUAUAAUGACUCUAAUUAUAUUGAUUGUCAGAAUGAGUUAAUCAUUUCUCAAUUCUGGCCUCUGUUUGUGACAAUAAUGAAAAUCUAUUUGUUUUACAGUAUUGUAUUGAUAAUGAUAAAAAAUAUUGAAGGCUUUGCAUCUUAUAAUAGUUAGACAAUCACUCUUUAUACUUAUUUAAUUAUGUUGCUUCCUUUAGCAAUGAUAGUAUAUGAUAGAUGGAUAAUCCAAAAAUUAUCUAAAAAAUAGAAAGUAACACUUACGCAAAUUAUCUUUAUUGUAAUGGAAACACUUUUACAGCUAUAUUUAUCUCAAUUGUUGAUGGAAUAUUAAAGUUUAUAAAGAGUAAUUGGGAUCUUGUUAAUAUUUACAAUAAUGCUAAUCGUGAUGGCAACAAUGAAUAAUUUCAAACUAAGGUUAAUGAUUCUCGUUAAAUUCUUCGUUUACUUAGGUUAUAAAACCGAAUUCACUAUAUUCUAAUGUUUGUUCACAUACCAUGUUGUGUUUUUGAAUUUGCUACUAGUUUAUUAUUGGGAUUAGCAAAUAAUGAGAUUAAGUAAAAUAAAACAUUUCGCUGAAUAAUCUCUAAGAAGCAUACCAACAGCGGUUUGUAUAUUAAAUUCUGAUUGCUAACAAGUGCUAUUUUCGAAUAGGUAUAUGAAGAAAUUGAUAGACAAGUCAAAUACAAAGACAAAAACCAUUCUAACCAAGUCUGUAAAAUAGGACUAUCUAUUUGAGACUCAACCAUCGAUUAUGAACAAUUAUGAUGAGAUUUAUUUAUUUUUUUCUUAAAUGUUUGCAAAUAUGGAAGAAGUCAAAAAUUAAUUGCCAUUAGAUUCAAGCAAAUUCAAUCUUGAUAAUAUGGAUGAUGAAUAAUUAAACUUAAAUUAAAUAAUUCAAUAUAUAAUUAAGACAGACAAAAAGACUUAAGGUAAAAUAUAUACCCUAAGAUGCUAAUUUAUUGAUCGUCCAGAAUAAGUCUAUGAUGAAUCAUAAAAAGUUGUAAUUGAAGUAAAGAUGAAAACACUUUUGUAAUAUGAGGAUAAUAAACAUGCAACUUUAAUUAACCUUUAUGAUAUAUCAACUAAUCUAAAGUCUAUUUAUUAUAAGAAUUUGAAUUAAUUUAAAAGCAAAGUAAUAAGAUCAAUCUCCCACGAAUUAAGAACUAGAUUGAAUGCUAUUUAAGGUAUGAUUUAGAUGGUUUAAAGUUAUAACCAAAAAUUUGAUAGAGAGGUGUAGACAUAUUUAAAGGCUGCCUUUAACAAUUGUAGAAUAUAAAAUUUUAUUAUUGGAUCCAUAAUAGAUUAUAACCUGUUAAGGGAAAGACAAUUGCCUGUCAAAUCAGACAAAAUUAGAAUUAAUAUAUUAAUAUAGGAAGUGAUAGACCUAUUCAAAGAUGAAGCGGAACUAAAAAAUAUCAAGAUUAAAUAUGAGGAUAAAAUACAGACCAAUAAUUAUGAAUUGUUGAAUUCAGAGAGAUUUCAAAGCAUCCUCGUUCAUAUUAUUUCUAAUAGCAUUAGAUUUAGUAAGUCUGAUGGAUUAAUUUAAAUUAGGCUGCUAAAAGAUAUUAGUAAUAACUACAACAAUAGUAAUAGCAACAACAACAAUAGCAAUAACAAUAACAUUAACAAUAACAAUAGUUAUUAAACUAAUAGUUACAUUUAAGUUCCUGAUAGCAAAAUACAAAUUCAUCGACAUUCAAAAUUGUAGAUUCCCAAUUCUUAAUCUCCUCAAUAGCAGAGACUGAGUGGAAGUGAAUUUAAUCAUGAUUCAUCAAAUAAUAAAUAACGUAGAACAUAUAGCAAAUACAAGAUGGCCAGUUAAUUUUCUUCAAUUGGAAAUUUGUCAACCAAUCUUGCAGAUGUUUAUCUGAUUGAGGUGAAAGACAACGGUUUAGGAAUGAGUGCGGACAGAUUAGAGUAAAUUCGAUCUUUACUUAAUGGGGAAGACUUUUAGGUUGACAGAAACUCAAAUGACGCAUCUACUGGUAUGAUGCUAGGAUUGCGUGCUUCAAAUUAAUUAAUAAAAAAUUUAUCAGGUAAAGAUGAUAAUCUAAAUUACUUAUCUAUCGAUUCAGAAUAAGAUAAGGGUACAAUUGUUUAGAUGCAUAUAAAAAUACGAUUAAUUUCAGGUGAAAAUUUCUCAAGUGAGUUGAUAAUAAAGGAAUCUAGUGUUGAAAAUGAAGGAAUUGUACAUUCAUAUCACAAUUUCAAUUAGAAACUUAGUCCUUGGUCAACAGUCACUUAAAUUCAUGGAAAAAUCUUAUGUCAAUGUGAAAAUACCUUUAUGAUUGUUGAUGAUGAGCCUUACAAUUUAAUAGUGUUAGAAUCUCUUCUAAAAAAAUUACAACACUAAGUAGUGAAGGCAGAAAAUGGUAGACAUUGCAUCCAACUAUUAGAAAAAAUGCUUGAACAAUUUCAAGAACAUAAAUGUAAAGGAUACAAAGGUAUAAUAAUGGAUUAUUAAAUGCCAAUAAUGAAUGGCGAAGAGGCUACUAAAUAUAUCACAUAAAUUUUAUUCCUCCCAAUUCCAAUAUUUGGACUUACUGGGUUUUCAGGGGAGGAUGAAAUAAAUAGGCUAUUAGAUUCAGGAAUGAGAGAAGUAUACAUUAAACCCAUUACAAUCAGAUCUCUUGAAGAUCUCAUUAGCAACAUUAGUAAGAGUGAAUAUCGAUCUCUGGAUUAUGUAUCAAAUAUAUCCUAGCAAUUUUAAUUCAUGGAUAUAGAAUAUGCUGAAGAGGAUAAAUUGGUGUUGGAAUAAUCAGCUCAUUGA